AUGAGCUCGACUUUAGGACGUGAAUUAGAAAAGUUUUCGGUAAAUGAAGAAAGCGCAACUGUGGGAGUACGCUGGAAGAAGUGGAUGCGGGCGUUUAAAUUAUUCAUACAAACGCAAGCAGCUCUCACGAGUGAACGUAAGCAGGCGUUUUUGUUGCAUCUAGCGGGUCCCGAAAUGCAAGAUGUGUAUUACGCGCUGGAUGCGGUAGUGCCGCAAGGUAGAGACAUCUAUGACGCAACAAAAACAGCGCUACAAGUACAUUUUUCACCGCAAAUUAAUGUACCAUAUGAGCGGCAUAAUUUCCGUUGCUUAGCACAACAAGCGGAUGAAACGAUUGAUCGUUAUGUGAUACGGUUGCAACAGCAAGCAGAAAAUUGUGAAUUCGGAGAUAGAAAGAACGAAAUGAUUCGGGACCAGAUUACAGAAAAGUGCAACUCAAACGAUUUACGCCGCCAGUUACUGAAGGAAGGAACCGCGCUGACAUUCCAGAAAGCAGUAGAAAUCGCGAGGUUAUGGGAAAUGUCACACAGACAAGCUCAAGCCAUGACGUUGGAAGAAAAUAAAACAGAGCAGGUGAACCAAAUAAAAGGACGCAGCAAGAAUUACGGAAGACGCGAAAAUAAAAACAGGGCAAGUGGAACAGACGCUAGAUGUUUUCGAUGUAACUAUACCAGACAUUUUGCUAAAGAUAAAAGCUGCCCAGCCCGUACGAGUACUUGCGAAAGAUGCGGGAAGGAAGGACAUUUCAAAAUUGUGUGUAAAACGAAGAUGGAAAAGGUGGUUAAGAAAGAGCGGAAAACUGAUCGAAAAAAAGUUUGA